CCUUCCUGCAGCCCCUCACUUCAAACUACAGUUGAGCAGACAGCGAUGAAUCCAGCAGGUUACACGCCUGAGGCUGUUCCAUUGCAGGGGGGGUAUGAUGGGCGCCCUGGACAGCCUGGAGAACAGUCAGUGGUUCAGCACACCACUGUGAACGUCACCACUGAACCCCCCAAGGACGACAUCAUCUGGUCCCUCUACAGCUUUGUCUACUCAAACUACUGCUGCCUUGGACUGGCGGCUCUCAUCUUCUCCAUCAAGGCCAGAGACCGGAAGGUGGUUGGAGAUCUGGAGGGUGCCCGACACUACGGCUCCACUGCCCGCUGUCUCAACAUCUGGGCCACAGCCCUGGGUUGCGCCCUGGUCGUCAUGAUAAUCAUCCUCUUCAUUGUACAGACAGUCUUUGCUUAUUGAACACAUUUUUUUUCCUUUUUUAUACCUUUUUACAUGUAUUCUCAAACUAAAAUGAUGCACAUUUUUAUUAGUGUAACAAAAGUCUUAAAGGGAACUCAUCCGUGUCUCCUUAAAUGAUUACAAUUUGUAAUCAGUUACGCCUAAUGUUAUUACAUUCUGAUUUUCCUGUCUACAAGGCCUGUGUUUCAACAACUCUUAUAAAACCAGAGCAGUUUUAUCUGUCAAUAAAGGUGUCUGCUUCAUAA